AUGACCCUGCCUGUGCCGAUUCCACAGCCCUCAUAUUCCCAGGCCAGGGAGAACCUGGUGAAGGCUAUCCCACACAAGAUCAUCUGUAUGCUGGCCUGUGGAGGGCGGGACUGCCGCUAUGAAGGACCAGCAUGCUGGAGGCCCAGUCAGCAGGUCAUCCAGGGCCUUUUCUCCUCCUGGGUAACUGAUGACAUUGUAGCCAUGGCACGCCCUUCCACUUACCUUAUCAACAAAUACAACAUAAUAGAACAGUUCAAACGGUUAAACAUCAAGUCCAUCAUCAACAUGCAGCUUCCAGGGGAGCAUGCUUACUGCGGCCCUCCUCUGGAUCCUGAAAGUGGCUUCACCUACUCCCCACAGACCUUCAUGGAGCAUGACAUUUUCUUUUUUAACUUUGGCAUGCCAGACUUCAGUGUGUCAUCUCUGGUUGGUAUGAUGGACGGAGUGAAGGUGCUGGCGUUUGCUGUGAAGGAGGGAAAAGUAGCUGUUCACUGCCAUGCAGGCUUGGGAAGGACAGGAGUUCUGAUAGCCUGUUACCUGGUCUACACCCUGCGCAUCAGCCCCAGCGAAGCCGUCCAGUAUGUCCGGAUCAAACGGCCUCGCUCCAUCCAGACCCGUGCCCAGAUCAGCCUGGUGUUCGAAUUUGCCCGCCUGCUGGGCACCCAGCUGGCCCAGUACCCGGACGUCAGCCUGCGCCACGGGGCCCACUUCACCCUUCAGCUCCACCUGCACCGUCAGGCCCUCCUGCUGCACGGCCAGGAGGCCCGCACCCUCAGACACAUACCCAAGGUGGUGUACCUGCUGUGCCUGCGGCUCUCCUGCCUGGCCCUUGGCCUUCCUGCCCAAGCUGAGGUGCAUGCCGAGCUGGACAGGAAGGCGAUGGUGCGGGCCCUGGGCUGGGCUGUGAGGGAGACCCUGGUGGCCAAGCAGUACCUGCCCCUGCUGAGGGAGGUCCAGCGGGUCUCUUGGCUGGGCUCUCAGAGCCUCACCUCCGUGUCCUCCUGGGACGAGCCCCAGGGCUUCCUGGAGAGGAAGAGAGAGGUGCUGCUGAACAAGCGCAGCUACAGCGACUCUGACCUCAGCAAGAUCACAGAUCUGGAGCUGGGCUCUUACUAUGAACCCCUGUCAGGGACUGGGAGAGUAUGGUAUGGACUAGAUCAGAUCAAACCAGAUCUGAAGCCUGUCAGCCCUGACCCAGCCACACCAUCUGUUGGUCACUGUGACAACACAGAGCACGCACCAAAACUUCAUCCCACAGCAGGUAGUGGGCCAAACAACAAUGACCAUGCCAAGAAGUCUAAGUGUGCAGCCAAGAAGGCAAUGGCUCUUCCUAAAUUCAGCUCCAACAUUGAGUUACGCAGGACUCAACACAAGUCAGGACAGGCUUCAGUGGCUCGUGCUGUUGCCAAGGCAAUGGCGGACCAGAACACUCCAGGGGAGAUGGUGUUACAGAGGGCAGCUCUGAUACAGGAGGAGCUGAACAGCAGUGAGUGUGGAUGGGCCCUACUGGUGACAGAGUCGGAUCCCCAGGUCCUCAGCUGUCUACUGUGGGCCUGGCUGGAGAAACUCAAGGAUCCUGUUCUGAGUGCAGAGAACAUCGGUUUGUUGUCAUCGGGAGUCCAAUGUACCAACCUUCAUGUGCUGCUCAAGCCCCAACAGCACACCAUCUCCUGUCUGUUGGGUUGCGUGGGUCAGGUGACCAGUCUGUGUCCACAUAGAGAGGAUGCUGUGCUGCGACGCCUGAUGCGGGCACUUAUCAGGCGCCCUCAAGUGGAAUUGGAGAGCCAUGCAGCCCUGAUGAAAAUCUUCAAGUGUAAUAUCAGAGAAACGCUCCACAGCAAUAACUCUCUGACACAAGCUUGCAACAACACUCAUCAUCAAGCACAGUGA